AUCGUUCCCGCGUGUACACUCCUCUCAGAAAGAUCGACGAUUUUCGCCCGAGAUGCUCGUCGCAAGGGCUCGCUCUUGGAAGACUCGUACACCUAUAUGUAUAGAGACGGACGGAGAAGAGGCGCUGCCAGCAGUGCGACCAGCUUGGAAUACAAGAUCGUGUUUGAGAUGCUUGGCGUGCUGCUGCUGUUGCUGCUGCUGCUGCUGCUGCUGCUGGCUGCGGCUGCUGCCAUCGGUUGUCGCUGGUAACCCCGGGAUAGUGGAUUCGGACUCUGGACAGUUUCGAGCGUGGUAUCCCGGAGGGGCGGCCGAUAAAUCGAAGAACUCGAGUGAGGAAUAUCAAUUCGCGAGGUGGCCUCUACUGAACGUGGCACGACAUUGAAAGGAAUGUAAAUGCGUUAUGAGUACCGGCCCAGUUCUACGGUGUCACGAAGCAUUCGUCAACGUGUCCGCUUGUGGCUUACAGAUUGCCCUAUAAAUGAACGAUAGUCUCAGAAAACGCAUGAUACGAACCAUAGGCCGUACGUGAUGCGCAGACAAGUCGAAUUUUGUGGAGAAAGACCGGUACGUGACAAUAAAAAUUCAAAAAAUCAAUCCAAACAUUCCUAAAUGUGCCAACUGUUUGCCUGUGCCUACAAAAUUGAAGAUAUAACAAGCACGUGAGCCGCGUGUUAACGUACAAAAAGAAUAUAUAUAUAAUUCUAAGUGGAAACUUUUACAACGUGACGAGUAAUCCAGGGGAGAGAGACAUUUACUUCGUAUCAUAACUGAAUUAGUAAUGCGAGAAUAUUACAUAAGAAAAAACUGGAACCAGAGACAGAGAGAGAGAGAGUAGACAUUUUGAAAUGUUGAAGUAUGAUCUUAAAUCCCCCUUUCCUAAAAAAGUUUUAUAUGGCAAAGGCACCUAAUAUCGCUUACCAAAAUUCAAAUCGUUUUCACAUAAUUAGUAAUUGACAUUUUUCUCUGUAUUUUGUCUCAAAUGAAAGAGGAAACAUUUGUAUUCCAUGUACAAUAUAGGUUCCCUAGUAGCACAAUUCAUUGGCUAUACAUUGGCUAACAUUGGACAAACAUUGGUUAUGUUGGGAGUUUGAAAUUGUAUUGGCCAAGAUUGCCCAAUAAAAUUGUAAUAUUGGAUAUAGAAUAAAUACUAAUGUAACGCCAC